AAGACAAAGACAAGAGCCCAGAGCAUUGACAAUGCAGCACAGCCCCAACGCCACCGCAAAGUUGUACUGCGCCACCGCCGGCGUGUACGCCAGCACCCACCCUUCGGUGCCUCUCCCUGCCGACCCCUCCCUCUCCCUCGUCCCCCACCUCUUCGCCCGCCUCCCCCGUGACUGCCCCCACGCCCCGGCCCUCCUCGACGCCGCCACCUCCGAGGCCCUCUCCCGCGCCGACCUCCGCCGCCUCGUCUCCUCCCUCGCCGCGGGCCUCUGCUGCCGCCUCCACCUCCGCGCGGGCGACGUUGUGCUUCUCAUCCUUCCCAACUCUGUCGCCUUCCCCGUCGCAUUCCUCGCCGUCCUCGCCGCCGCCGGCGUUGCCACCACCAUGAACCCGUCCAGCGCCCCCGCCGAGAUCAUUGCGCGGGUGCGGGACACCAGCCCCGCCCUUGUGCUCGCCGCGCCCGACAACGCCGGAAAGAUCCCAUCUGUGCGCGUCCCCGUCGUCCUCGUGCCCGAAAGCUUCCAUCUUGCCGACCCCGAGUUCGCGCCCUUCCGCGCUCUGCUGGUGGAAUCCGCUUCCACCGACACGGCGGCGGCCCCGGCGGUGGGCCAGGACGACACGGCCGCCAUCCUCUACUCGUCGGGGACGGGCGGGCGGAGCAAGGGCGUGGUGCUCACGCACCGCAACCUCAUCGCCACGGUGGAGCUCUUCGUGCGCUUUGAGGCCUCGCAAUACGCGACAGCUGCUUGCGACAAUGUCUACCUGGCGGCGCUGCCCAUGUUCCACGUCUACGGCCUCUCGCUCUUCGCCGUGGGGCUCCUGUCGCUCGGCUCCACGGUGGUGGUCAUGAAAAGGUUCGACGCGGGCGAGGCCGUCAAGGCCAUCGAGAGGUUCAAGGUCACGCACUUCCCGCUCGUGCCGCCCAUCAUGGCGGCGUUGGUGGGCGCGGCCAAGGCACCGGCGGCAUUGGAUUCGUUGGUGCAGGUGUCGAGCGGUGCAGCGCCGUCCAGCGGCAGGCUGAUCAACGACUUCCUCAAGGCUUUCCCCCACGUCGAUUUCAUUCAGGGUUACGGCAUGACAGAAUCUGCUGCCAUAGGAACUCGCGGAUUCAACACUUCAAAGCAGAAGAAAUAUGCAUCAGUAGGACUUUUGGCCCCAAACAUGCAUGCCAGAAUUGUUGAUCUGGAAACUGGUCGCUGUUUGCCCCCAGGCUCUUGUGGGGAGUUAUGGCUCCAUGGCCCGGGUAUAAUGAAAGGAUACUUGAAUGGUGAGGGUGCGUGCUUAAGGAAGGAUGGCUGGCUGCGAACUGGUGACAUUGCUUACUUUGAUUCAGACGGGCACUUGUACAUAGUGGACCGCUUGAAAGACGUGAUCAAGUACAAAGGAUUUCAGAUAGCUCCAGCUGACUUAGAAGCAGUUUUGAUCGAGCACCCUGAAAUCCUUGAUGUUGCUGUGACACGUGCUGAAGAUGAAGAAGCUGGAGAGAUACCAGUAGCCUUUGUGGUGAGGAAAUCUGGAAGCAGCCUUUCUUGUAUGCAAGUGAUGGAGUAUGUGGCAAAGCAGGUGGUGGUGAUGGUGCAGGUGUCCCCGUAUAAGAAAGUGAGGAAGGUGGUAUUCGUGGAGUCGAUACCCAAGUCGGCUGCCGGAAAGGUUCUCCGGAGGCUUCUCAAGGACUCUCUGAGAGACGUUGGUCGCCAUUCCAAACUGUAACAACAGAUGAUGUUGGAGAAUUUUUGUUGUCUAAGAUGACUCGUAGUUGGAAAUGGCGGCUUUAAGGCACAUCGUAGCGACGUUUUUCUUAAGGCUUAUUUGUCCCCACCACAAGGUGUGCAUCGAGUUACCAACAAGUAGCCUCACAAGAUACAAUGAAGCCCGUUGCCGGCAAGUGCACGCUUGAUGACGACCUUGGACACUUUCAGUAAUAACAAAACUAUCAAAUACUAUAGAGUAAUGUGCUGCAGCAGCAUCACCCUAUAGUGACCUGGUGGACAAGAGAAUGUUUUUGCAUCUGCAUACCUGCUUAAUUAUUAUGAUAAGUACUCCCUCCAAUUUUGUUAUAGAGAGUAUUAGGAUUUUAGAAAAUCUUUUAAAAUAUACUUUAAUUAUUAAUUUCUCUUACAAUGUAUUAU